AUGUUGAAAAAUAUAGCCAUAAUUGCAAUCUUCUUGAUUAAUCAAACCCAUUGCAUUGAUGAAUCAAGUCCCCUUUAUCAAGAGAUUGAGCAGUACCACAAUGAAACGAACACAAAGGCGGAAUUCGCCUAUCAAGUCGUGGAUAAAAUAUUCAACGCUUUCCAGCAGUGGUUCUUCACGAUCACUUUCUGUGAUUUCACAUACUUCGAAAACAGGAUAUUAAGGUAUACCGAGACUUAUGGCUACGGGUACCCAGUGAUGCUUCUAAACGGAUGCCCAGAUACGAAUAACUCAAAAUCCAAACCUAAGAUCGAUACACAUGGACAGACGGCAUACUUGGUGACAUCAGAUGAAUUAACCAUCGAUGGAAGUGAACAAGCGUUGAUGGCUUUGGCCAGUACUGGGGUAUUCAAACCGAGAUCAGCAGUGAUAUUCGUUAUAAACUCCCCAGUUUCCGAUGACAGCUAUUUCUACUACGCAAUGAAGAAUCACUUUCAAUUGCUAUGGAGCGUGAGUAUUACCAAUUCUGUUCUAGUUCUCUGGUCGGGAAGUUUAAAAAUGUUCACUUACAACCCUUUCUGCGACGAAAUCAGAGACAUAACGCACGUCAAGAAUGUAACAAAGUUUCUUCUUCAUCAGUACCAUAAUUUGUACGGUUACCCUUUACGUUUGAGCGUCUUCCGAAAACCUUAUAUAUCGGAUGACCCAGAGCCAGUUGGGUGUAAUUCUAGGCUUGUGAUGACAGUCAUGAAGCAGCUCAAUGCAACUUGCAAACCCUUGAAACCAAGAGAUGACAGCACAGUUGGAGAUUUGCUAGAAAACGGUACAGCUACGGGAGUCACUAAAGAUCUUAUGGACGGAUAUACUGAUAUGGAACUGAGUUCUAGAAUACUCAAAACAACCUACUAUGGCUACAUUGACACCACUUACCCCCUGAUACAAGAUGAACUCUGCUUCUUGACAAAGAAAUCUAUAAAACAAUCUACGUUUACCACGACUCUGAAACUAAUAUCUAAAAAUAUGCUAAUCCUCUUCAUAUUUAAUGUAGUUUUUCUAAUCGUUAUUAGCGUCGUUGUUUACAAAAUGGAGUCUAAAAUAUGGAAGGAGAAUAGACCAGCAGAAGAGACAAUUUUAGACGUGGUGAGAUGUUUGAUAAGACAAACUGUAGACGUAAAAUUUAUCGGACCAGUGUUUAGAUGUGUCUCGCUGAUGAUCAUGAUUUACUCGCUGAUUGUGGAUUGCGCAAUUGAUGGUAUCAUAACAUCGGCCAUUUCAUACCCAAGAUACAAACCAGACAUCGAUACUUUAGCGAAACUGCUCAAAACCAAUGUGACCUUCGGUGUGCAUAAUCGCGACUUCUUGCUUUUCAAUAAAAGUCUCAUUCCUGAGUACUACGAACAAUUUAAGGACCGCGUCGAAAUAGUGAAUGAUGAUAAAAUAAAACAAAUACUGGAUAAACGGGAUUUCGGAUACGCGAUAUUGUUGAGAAAAACCGAUGCAGACUACAUAGCGCGUAAGCCCAGUAAUAUUGUCCGGGGAAGGCCAAUAUACCACACAGUCCAGGACUGUCCUGUCCCAUGCUCUAUAGUCUAUGGGCUAAAGUACGGAAGCCCUUAUUUACCCAGACUAAACUAUCUCCUGCAUCAUCUUAACCAAGGAGGCAUCCUGCAAUACUGGUCUCUUACAGACGAAUUCACUCCGCGUAACGUUAAAACGAAAGAGCUAACAAAAGAUAAGAAAGCCUUAAGCACGGAUAAUCUUAAAGAAUUCUUCAUAGUUUGGAUUGUUGGUUUAGCAACAAGCACUGGUAUUUUUUUCUCAGAGUUCAUUGUAUAUGCUGCCAGAAGAAACAAUCAAAGCCCUGUAGAAUUUCUUUUAGAAAAGUACCGUAAGGUAGUUGGAAAAGCGAGCUCUGUGCUGGGCAAAAAUAAGGUGGCAUUCAAGGAAAAACGCAGUGUUCUGAGAGAGAAACUUAAAAGCUUACUUCGUAGAAAGAAGAAAAGUGAACUUAAAGAAAAUGAACCUAAAUUGUACGAAUACUGUGACUAAGUUAAGUAUCUCUAGUAUGCUCAAACCUUAGCAAACUCUGAUUAAAACUAAGGUUUGUUCUACUAGCAUCAGAUAGACCAUACAACCAAUGCAUUUUAGGUGAGUACUUCUAAAUGAUAAUGCAAAGAAUUUUACAUUAACAGCUUAAAUUAAAAAUAAAGCUACUAACCUUGAGCUUUUCUUGUAAACCCUUGUUAGCCGCUUUU